AUGAGAGAGUAGAGUAGUGCAUCCUGUGCUCCGUAAAGUUUGACAACGUGUUUCUGGGAAAACGUUCCACAGUUUCGAACUAAAUUUUAGUUACAAACUAUUCGGAAGUGAUUAAGAUUAGAAAUUCCUCAUUCGGGGAGGAUAUGGACGCAAAGAGUCAGUGCUGUAGAUGAAAUAGUAUGAAAUGAACAAUUGCAGAAAAUAUAAUUUGUUGUAAGAGUCAACAAGUGUUAUUAUUAUUUAGAAGUUUAUUCUCGACAUGGAGGCCAAAUAUUUGAUGAAUACGCUUUUUCUGCUGGUCACAGUUAUCACGAAUGAUGUGGUGGGCGGUCUGCACAUCACCAAAGUGGGCGUGUCGACGCCCCUUGCCGUGGGCGAGAGCGGCUGGCUGGAGUGCGAGUGGGCGGACGACGGCGACAAGCAUCUAUGCCCUCAAGUGGUACCUCGGCCUCGACGAGUUCUACCGGUGGACGCCCGCGGAGGACCCGCCCGUGAAGACAUUCAAGAUCCGCGGCGAGCCCCUGCGGGUGGACGCGUCCGCCUCGCACAAGGGCCGCGUCCGCAUCCAGGCCGUGACGCUGGCGGCCGCCGGCGUGUUCCGCUGCGAGGUGUCCGCGGAGGCGCCGUCCUUCCACACCGAGUCGCACGUCACCUACAUGACCGUCGUCGACCUUCCUGACGAGAAACCGAGGAUCAGCGUCCCACAGGAUACGUAUCAACUGGAGGAGGACGUGGCUUUGAACUGUUCCUCGCCCCGUUCACAGCCUCCUGCAGAGCUCACUUUCUACGUCAAUGGAGAACAGGCGGACCCAUCCUGGCUGAUCCCCCACAACGCCAUCGCAGAGGAAAGCAACAGCCAGCACCCACCAGGUCUCCAGACGGCGAUGCUGGGCCUCAGAUUCACCCUCUGGCCGCGUCUCCUUCGCCGAGGGUCGGUCGUGGUUAAGUGCACGGCGUCCAUCCUCAAUUUGUACUGGGAUAGCAGCGAGGUAGUGAUCCACGCGGACCAGCCGUACCACGCGUCCAUUAUGGAGGGGAGGGCCGCGUCGUCAGCGGCUGUGGAAGGAUCCGUGACGUCACUGAGCCAAACGCUCUUUGUCCUUAUCUCCACGUGUUGGCUCCUUCAUUAGUCCACGCCCACGUCUACGCCCACGUCCACGCCCACGCCCCAUGGCAUCCGCCAAACGCCCACGUGAAGAAGGGUCACUGAUUACGAAGCGAAAGCCAGAUGAUGUGCUAUGUGUGUCUUUGUUAUUUGACGUGACCUGUAUGGACUGAGUUUGGGAAAGAGAAUGUUUUUUAUUGUUUUAUUUAUUCACUGUUAUCUGUAUUGUCGUGGUUAUUAUUAUCAUAAUGAUUGAUAUUAUUGUAUGUUUUUAUUAUUUUAUUAUAGGAAUUACUUUUUUUUUUACUAUUAUUAGUAACAUUAUCACUCAUCAUCGUCAUCAUCAUUAUCGUAAUCAUUUUCAUUUCCAUUAACAUUAUCAGUCAUCAUAAUCAUUAUCAGGUAUAAUUACCUAAUUAAUUAUUAAUCAUUGUCAUUAUCAAUCGCCAUUAUGGUCAUGAUUAUCAGUCACAAUCACUAUUAAGUAAAAUAAUUAUAGUCAUUACAAAUUUCCGUCACUUGUAAACAUUUUCAUUAUUAUUUUCAUUGCUAUUACCACUCUACCUUUUCACAUAAGAACAGUAUAUUAGCUUAUCCUCUAUUAAUAAUACUUAGUGAUGUAUUUAUCACUAAAACUGUAUAACAGAAAGACCAAACCAGUAAGUGAUUCAAAGUGUGAGUGUGUUUAUAGUAAGUAUAUACUCGUAUACAUACAUACAUACAUAUAU